CUCCUAAGCCAGGGUGGACGCUACCAUUUCCUCUGGCAGUCGGGAGCGCGGGGAGCUCUGGUCGGGACGAGCAGGAGCAGGAAGGAUCGCGAGGCCACCUUCUUAUUUCCUGUUUCACGGCUCCAAGUGGCUGCAACGGACUUGUAGGACUUCCUUUCCACACCUCCCUCGCUUUCUUUCUCUCUCUUUAGAGUUCCUACAUCUCUUUAUUCCAUUUCCAAAGAGAAGAAAUAUUUUUGUGCCAAGGGGAUGCAAUUCUGGUGUAUUAUCCGGCCUUCUGCAGAAGAAAGAUAGUUUUUUCUCUUCAAACCAAGGAAAGCCUCAUUAGAUCUCUCACCCGACGAGAGGAAGGACAGAACCCUGCCAUUUCAGAGCACAGUUACACCCAGAGCGACGUCCACUCUGACACCUGGAAGACUGGAACGAACCCAUCUCACCCCCGCCAGAGGACACAAAGGGUUAUGCUGAUAUAGUUUUCCUCUGCCUCCGGAAUUAAGACUCCCUUGGCCCGUUUUCAUCUGGAAGAAUGAACGACCCGUAUCAGAACAACGUCUACCAUCAGGGGGCUGAAGACAGCUACACCGCCUAUGGUGGUGACCAAGAUGGAUAUGGCUACCGUGGGGAUUAUCCCCCACAGGAAGAGGAUGCUGCAAGUGAUGUCACGGAGGGCCAGGAUGAAGAUGACCAGAUGUACGAGGGCGAGUACCAAGGCAUCCCCCACCCGGACGAGAUCAAGACCGCUCAACGGGCUGCACGUGUGUCAGCUAGAGCCAAGGCCAAGAGGCAGGCCGAGGCCCCGGAGGAGGAGUCACUGGCAGAGCAAUACGAGAACAUCAUAGAGGACUGUGGCCAUGGACGCUUCCAGUGGACGCUGUUCGUGGUGACAGGCUUGGCGCUCAUGGCCGACGGCGUGGAGUGUUUCGUGGUGAGCUUCGCACUGCCCAGUGCUGAGAAGGAUAUGUGCCUGUCCAACGCAAACAAGGGCAUGCUGGGCCUGAUAGUGUACGUGGGCAUGCUGCUGGGCGCGUUCGUCUGGGGCGGCCUGGCAGACAAGGUGGGCCGGCGGAGGAGCCUCAUCAAUGCCUUGACCAUCAACUGCAUCUUCGCGUUCCUGUCCUCCUUCGCCCAGGGAUACGGCUCCUUCCUCUUCUUCAGGCUCCUGUCGGGCUUCGGCAUCGGCGGAUCAGUCCCCAUCGUCUACUCCUACUUUUCCGAAUUCCUCUCCAUGGAGAAGAGGGGCGAACACCUGAGCUGGCUGUGUAUGUUCUGGAUGAUGGGGGGCAUGUACGCCUCCCUCACGGCCUGGGGCAUCGUCCCUCACUAUGGGUGGGGCUUCAGCAUGGGCUCAGAGAUGCAGUUGCACAGCUGGAGGGUGUUCGUGUUCGUGUGCGCACUGCCCGCCAUCGCCGCCCUCAUCGGCCUCAUGUUCAUGCCCGAGAGUCCCCGCUUUCUCCUGGAGAACGCAAAACACGACGAAGCCUGGAUGAUCCUUAAGCGGGUCCACGACACGAACUGGAGGGCUAAGGGUGAACCGGAGAGAGUGUUCACUGUGUCCCAGAUCAAGACCCCAGUUCAGGAGGACGAGUUCAUCGAGAUCCAGAGCUCCACUGGGACUGCCUUUCAGCGCUGGAUGGUCAGGAACAUGACUGUAGUCAAGCAGGUGAUGAAGAACAUCUUAAUGCUCGUAUCUCCUGACCUGAGGCUCACCAGCUUGUUCAUGGCCAUUGUAUGGUUUACGAUGGCUUUCAGUUAUUAUGGGCUGUCUGUCUGGUUCCCUGACAUGAUAAAGUACCUGCAGUAUGAGGAGUAUGAAUCCAAGGGGAAAGUCUUCCAUCGUGAGCGAGUGGAGCACUUCACCUUCAACUUUACCCUGGCCAAUCAGAUCCACACGGAAGGGGAAUACAUCCAUGACAAGUUCAUCAACAUGGAACUAAAAUCUGUCAAAUUCGAGGACUCCCUGUUCGAAGACUGUUAUUUUGAGGACAUCAAGUCCACUGAGACUUUCUUCGAGAACUGCACCAUCAAGUCCACAAUCUUCUACAAUACAGACCUGUGGGAGGAGAAAUUUAUCAAUUGUAGACUGGAGAACACCUCUUUCCAGCACUCCAAAACGGGCUGUCACCUGAACUUCCAAGAAGAGAAUGACAUCCUGAUCUACCUGGUCAGCUUUUUGGGCAGCUUGGCCGUGUUGCCUGGCAACAUCAUAUCAGCCCUCUUCAUGGACAAGAUCGGGAGAAUCAAUAUUAUUGGUGGCUCUAUGCUCAUUUCUGCCGGCUGCACCUUCUUCCUCUUCAUGAGCUUCAGUCAGGCGGCCAUCAUCGCCUGGCAGUGCCUGUUCUGUGGUGUCAGUGUAGCAGCCUGGAACGGCAUCGAGGUCAUUACCGUGGAACUGUACCCAGCAUCCAAAAGGGCCACCGCCUUCGGAGUCCUUAAUGCCAUCUGCAAGCUGGCGGCCAUCUUGAGCAGCUCCAUCUUCGCUGCCUUCGUCGGCAUCACCAAAAUCAUCCCCAUCCUUAUGGCCUUCUCCUCCCUGGUCUGCGGGGGACUGCUGGCCCUCAAGUUGCCCGAAACCAGGGAGAAGGUCCUGCUGUGACACGGUGCAGAGCAGGGGGUGGGACCGUUGUGGAAAACGCAAAAGACUGACCAAUCAGGAACAAACGACAUCCAUCAGCAUUGGCUGAAUAUUUCCAUAGCCAUAUAAAUAGAAUUUAUAUGACUGCCAUCUAUUCUAUUAUCAAGCGGUUUUGUCUUUUCCUUUAAAAACUCGACCCUGCUUUGCUGUUAUGCACAAGAACAAAUAUUUCCUUUUAUCUUUUACCUUUGCUUUUUUGUUCUACAUUUGUGUUGUUAAUAUGAUAUAAUGGCGAUAAAGUGACCCAAUGCUCACAGGCUGCUCCACCUGGACCUUGCUAUUUGUGAUUUUGUUGUUCAUGUAGAAUCUUAGCUAUAAUACCGUUGGUAAAGCUUGGUGCACAAACCGCUUGUGUCUGGAGGGAGAAGGUUUGUAUUUAUUCAUGUUUGUCUGUGUUUGGUCAGUUCCUCUCCCACCACGUUCCCAGCAGUUAGUACAUGAAGCUCAUCGUACCCUGGACUGUGCAGUAGUCAAGAGGGCAACUGGGUGGCUGAAGACAUUGCACAUCAAAAACAGGCCCUCGGUUUUUGAACCCCCCCGUUCAGCUGGAACUCCAACUCUUAGCCCCACUUACGUCCAGCACCAUGAAAAAUGAAUAUUUAUGGAAACAACCAGCCAUUUUUUAAUGGGGCAAAAGAGUAGAUUCCUAGAUACUGACAUAGAUAUUUAACUUCUAGAAGUAAUUGGAUGUGUUUAAAGUUAACUAGAAUUGUAUGAAUUUGGACUGGCUGUUAGUAAAUGUGUGUAUGUCUGCAAUGCUCACGGUUAACAGACAAGAACAACAAACAAAACAGCAAAACAAACCAAUACAAAUCCUUCCACAGACUAACAGCACUAUAAUCAUUUCCAAAAAAACAUGCCCGUUUUCAUUAAACUCGUCUCCUGAAGGAAAUCAUUUGAAACACUCUGCGGAGAAUGGCUUUGUCUAUUGGCCCUAGGACCUCUUCUUAGCUCAGGCUCCUUUGUGUGUUGACAGGUGCAAAUCAAUUUAUUUUGAAUGCCUGGCAUGGUUCAUGGGGUUAUUCUGUUGCACAAGUGUGUUACUUCUAAGUUCUUUUGCCCGAUUACAGAAAUCGACAUAUUGAACUGAAAUCGACACCUGCAAGUCCUGUAACAGAAACAAGAGAUGGGUAAUGUAACAUGCUUAGAAAAUAACUGUAACUGCCUUCAAUUCUCAGAGCGCCCGAAUUGAUAGCUGCAAACAUUUAAAUGGAGUUCAGUACAGUGACUGCUGAUUGCGAUGCAUGUGUGUUAUUUACAGAAACUGUUCCUGUCAUUUUCAACGUCAGUAAUUCAAUAAAUAUAUUCUGAAUGAUA